AUGACCGUCAUCAUCAUCUCCAUCAACGCCGGCAGUUCGUCGCUCAAGACCACCCUGUUUAUCGAGGAAGAUGACGCCGCAGGCAAUAAGAACCUCCGACGAUUGGGCAGCGCCGAGAUAUCCGCCAUCAAUCAGCCUCCAGCCAAGUUGAAAUACAAGCGAGGCUCUUACAAAGACACUGCCGAGCUCGGCCAGAUCCACGACCAUACUGGUGCCUUUGAGCAUGCGCUCAAUGCCUUCGUCACAGACUCCGAAAUCCCUGAGGUCUCCAAGAAGGAGGACAUCCAGUAUGCAUGCCACAGAGUGGUGCAGGGAGGGCGCUUUCGUGAGGAUCAGCUCCUCACCAAGGAGACCUUUGAUAUAAUCAACAAGUUGUCGGAUCUGGCACCAUUACACAAUGCCGCUGCGGUCUCCCUCAUGCUUGCCUGCCACCGACACCUUCCCAAAGUCAUCAAUGUCGCAUGUUUCGACUCUGGUUUCCAUCAGACAAUGCCCGACUAUGUCAAGAGUUAUGCGAUAGAUCAGAAGAUUGCCGAGCAGAAAGGACUGCGUAAAUAUGGCUUCCAUGGACUCAGUUACAAAUACAUGACAAGGCGGAUAGCUCGACACCUGGGAAAGCCAGAGUCCGAGUUGAACAUGAUAGCCUUACAUCUGGGAAGUGGUGCUUCGGCCUGUGCCAUCAAGAAUGGAGAGUCCAUAGACACCACGAUGGGCCUGACGCCGGUCUCAGGCUUGCCAGGUGGCACCAGGACCGGAGACAUUGAUCCCAGCUUGGUCUUCCACUACACUUCCGACGCGAGUGCGCUCAGCCCGAAUAGCACCAAAGACCUUCACAUCUCGACCGCCGAAGAAAUCCUGAACAAGCAGUCGGGCUGGAAAGCUUUGACUGGGACCACCGAUUUCUCGAAAAUCGCCGACCCGAAUGCGCCGGACACCCACAAACUGGCUUUCAACAUCUUCGUCGACCGGGUUGUCGGCUACAUCGGCAACUACUAUGUGAAGUUGGGGGGCAAUGUUGAUGCUCUGGUCUUUGCCGGUGGGAUCGGCGAGAAGAGUGUGUAUCUGCGCGAGGUCGUGACCCAGAAAGUGUCCUGCCUGGGCUUCACGCUCGACCAUGAAAAAAACCAGAACGCCGCCGAAGGGGGCGAUGUAGUCGAUAUUGGAUCGAGCGACAAGCAGCGAACACUGGUGUGUGAGACGGACGAAGACUACGAGAUGGCGUGGAACACUGCCAUGCAUCCCCAGCGAGCGACAAGCUCGACCCUGUGGUAG